AUGGACCAUAAGAAUAUGACUAAUGUCAAGGAAUUCAUUUUACUUGGAUUUCCAACAAGCAUGGAAGUGCAGGUGUUUUUAUUCAUGAUAUUCCUCAUAGCGUAUGUCCUGACGCUCCUGGAGAAUAUUGUUAUAAUUACUGUCAUCAGAAUCAACCCUCAGUUGAACAGGCCUAUGUAUUUCUUUCUUAGCAAUCUCUCCUUCCUGGAGACAUGGUAUGUUUGUGUUAUAGUUCCAAAGCUAUUGGUCAACUUCCUAAUGACAGACAAGAGCAUCUCAUUUAAAGGGUGCAUGACCCAGCUCUACUUCUUCAGCUCCCUCUUAUGCACAGAAUGUGUCCUCCUGGCAGUCAUGGCAUAUGACCGAUAUGUGGCCAUCUGCAGCCCACUGCACUAUCCAACCAUAGUGACUCAACGCCUUUGCAUACAGCUAGCUGCGGGGUCAUGGCUAACUGGCUUCUUUAUCGCAAUGUUGAAGCUUAUCUUCAUAUCUCGUUUGCCCUUUUGUGGACCCAAUAAGAUUAACCAUUUCUUCUGUGACAUUUCUCCCCUGUUAAAUAUGGCAUGUGAAGAUUUGACAAUGGCUGAAAUAGUGGACUUUGUCUUGGCAUUGCUAAUUCUCUCGGUCCCACUCUCUGUCACUGUAGUUUCCUAUGUUUGUAUUAUUGGCACCAUUUUGCGUAUUCCCACAACUCAGGGACGGAAGAAGGCCUUCUCCACUUGUGCUUCCCACCUCACUGUAGUCAUAAUCUUCUUCUCAACAACAAUUUUUAUGUAUGUACGGCCAAAGAGGAUCUACCCUUUUGAUCUCAACAAAUUGGUGUCUGUGGUAUACACCAUUGUCACUCCCAUGCUGAAUCCUUUCAUCUACUGUCUGAGGAAUCAAGAGGUCAAGGGAGCUCUAAAGAAAUUUCUCUGUAGCACUCGUGCUCUCCCCCUAAUCAGCACUAAUGCUGAUUAG